AUGAACAGCAAAUCCGUAAAUCGACCCGUCGACACAAAAGCAAAAGAAGCCGACAUUGAGAACAAGCUCCGACUGUAUGGCAUCUUCCAAGGCUUCGCAUCCGGCAAGCUCCCCUCAAACUCACAGAUCGACGCCGCACUCAGCUCGUUCACCUCGCACCCCAAGCUGCGCAACCCCAACCCCAAGCUCUCCGACGAGGGCAAGGUAAUCCUCAACGACUUCCGCACCGUCGUCGAGGAGGCGAAGCGUCUCCUCCUCGUAAAGAACCACGACCAAGCAAUCCAGGAGUUCAUCUACUCCACCACACAACUUGGCCAGAAGGGUGGUCCCGACGCCGGCACACCAAAUGCGCCAGUAUCAAAAGACACCGCCGCCAGGGAUGCAGAGGAGGCAAAGGCUGGACUGCGAGUACUUGGAGAACUGGUAAUCACUAACGGUCAAUUCCGCAAGCUACUCAAUGAUGCCGUAGUACUCAUGCGCGACAUCGCGGGCGACUCGGCCACAAAGGCUGCCGGCAGGGUCCGUCCCGACGAAGACCAGCUCCGCCAGAUCGACGAGCCGGCCCCCGACCACACAUGGCACGAGGCCCCAAACAUGUCAAGAGACAAUAUCAAGGGCCAGUUCCGCGAAAAGUUCAAUAAGAGCAAGCCACUCGAUCGCACCGACCUUCGCGAAACCGCCAAGACCGCCAACGCCGUGGCCGACCCGUACAACUCCCGCGACACACAGCAGACCGCCGACCGCGUCGCGCACGACCAGCGCUACGGCACGGACAGCGGUGUCGAUGCCGCUACGGGCUUGAGGGUUGGCGCAGCAGAGCUGAGGGACCGUGUCAGCGAGAACACGCCCGAGGAGCACAAGCAGCGCGCGAGGGAGUAUAGGGACCGCACGAGGGAGUACAUGAGCGACAAGAUGCCUAAGGAGCGCCGCGAUCAGGUCAUUUUCCGCCUCAAGAAGAUGGUGGUUGAGAUCCAGUCGCACCAGGACUACCAGCAGGCCAUUGACACGCUGCUGCGCCUCGCCGAGAACUACUCGGGUCAUGGGAAGUCACUCGCCCACGACGGCACCGGCACGGUCAAGAGUGCGCGCCAGGACUCGCAUCUCGGCAGCGCGGAGAAUUACUUUAGAUUAAUCAUUGAGCGCUUUGCGAACAACACUAGCGCAGACGACCUAUUUGAGGCCAUUGACGAUAUCUACCGUGAUGCUGAUCGUGACCCGGAGCUGAAGGAGUGGUUCCGCAAUGUCAACUCUUAUAUCCGCACCUGCCUCAAGGAGGAGGGAUACAUCAUGCGCGACGAGUCCAACGAACGCUACGACCGCCUCUACGACCAGGGCAACUUCCUCCUGCGCGAUCGCUACCGCGACCACACCGACCGCGUCGUCAACGAGUUCCGCUUCCUCGGGGAGCAGUUCGCAGAGGACCCGGACAACAAGAGGUUCGGCGAGGCCAUGCAGAAGCUGUUCAACGACCUUGGAAACGACGAGAAUGGCAAGCCUGUGUUUAAGAAGCAUCUUGUGAAGGACGUCACCCAAGUUAUCAUCCCCGAGAUCUUUGAGAAUGUGAGAUAUAUGCCGAUCCCCAGGAUCGAGUACAGCGACCCAAUGAUGGACGCGGUCGUGGAAAACUUGGUCAUUGAGAGCGAUAACUUGAUGCCUAAUGUCUUGGAGAUCGGGAAUGACAAUUACAUGAGGUUUGGACGCAAGUCUGUUGCUAGCAAGAAAAGGCACAGUGCCAUGUUCUCAGCAUCCGGCAUCCAGUGUGAUCUCAGAGACGUUUCCUACUACAUCAAGAGAAAGCAAGGCUUCCCCUCCAUCACCGACACCGGUGUGGCCGACAUCUUUCUCGGCGGCGAGGGCUUCUCCUUCAAACUCGAGCUAGCGACCGCCGAAAAGCAUGACCGCGCCCGCUUCUUCAAGGUCGAGAACGUGCACGUCACCCUCACCAACAUGACCAUCAAGCUGAAGCAGUCUAAACACAAGAUGAUGUUCAACAUCUUCAAGCCGCUCCUGCUCAAGAUCGUGAAGCCGGCCCUCACCAAGGUGCUCGAGAAGCAGAUCCGUGACACUUUUGGCCAGCUCGACGCCCUGUGCUACCGCAUCCACCAGGAGCAGAAGAAGAUCGAGACGGAUCUCAAGAACAAUCCCGACCCCGAGAACGUACAGAACAUCUACAACCGCUACUACCAGGCCAUACAGCGCGAGAUGGUCAAGCGCAAGGAACAGGUUGCAGCAAAGACGGAGGACAAGAAGGUCAACGUGGCUAUCACAAAGCAGGACAGCAUUUUCAAGAACAUCUCGCUGCCUGGCGGCAUCAGCACCAGGGCUACCCAUUACAAGGAGCUUGCCCAGCGCGGUGACAGGUGGCAGAGCGAUGUCUUCAACAUUGGCUCUGCGUCGCCGACGACGGGAAUCCCGCAGCCGCAGCCAAUUACCAGGAAGUCGCCGCAUGGCCAGAGGAGGGGCCUUAGGGAAAGGGAGACUGCGAGCUUGAGCACCUCUAGGGACAGUGGGUACCAUGCUAGUGGCGUGGAUGCCUAUCUCGGCGGGCCAUCGGCGGGCUACGGUAAUGGAGCCACGGGCUUUGGGGAUAAGUACGCUGCUGAGCAGCAACACAAUGCGAACCAGAGGAUCGGUGGCUACACCUUGAACCAGUAG